CCCCAUAUCUAUCUAUUCAAUCAUUGCCACGUGUCAUCUCCAUCGUUGCCUGCUUAUCUGCUGAAAGAACUCUUUCUUCAAAAAAACACAACCAAACUCAAUAACACUCUCCUUCUCCUUCUGCUUCAGCUUCGAAGCUUAGAAAAACAGAUAAAAAAAUGGAGACUGGGGUAGCAUGCUUUGCACGUGCGACAAUCUUGCCAAGUGUUGCUUCUCAACAUACAACCAGCUCAUUUGCUUCUCCACGCACUAUUUCCCCCUCUUUCACCACCAGAAGUUUAAAAUCAAGCUCGUUAUUCGGAGAGGCUUUGCGGGUGAUGCCAAGAUCGUCACUCAAGGUUUCAAAGUCACAAAAUUCAUCAGUCGUAACCAAAUGUGAAAUCGGUGAAAGUCUGGAAGAUUUCCUAUCAAAAGCAACACCAGACAAGGGUUUGAUCAGAUUGCUGACGUGUAUGGGCGAAGCUAUUAGGACCAUUGCGUUUAAAGUCCGGACCGCUUCUUGUGGUGGCACAGCCUGUGUUAACUCCUUUGGUGAUGAACAGCUUGCCGUCGAUAUGCUUGCCGACAAGCUCUUGUUUGAUGCAUUGACUCACUCGCAUUUCUGCAAAUAUGCUUGCUCCGAAGAAGUUCCUGAGCUUCAAGACAUGGGUGGUCCAGUCGAAGGCGGGUUCAGUGUCGCGUUUGAUCCCCUUGACGGGUCCAGCAUUGUGGACACCAACUUCACCGUCGGCACCAUUUUUGGCGUGUGGCCGGGAGAUAAACUAACCGGGGUCACCGGAGGAGACCAAGUGGCUGCAGCCAUGGGGAUUUAUGGACCUCGAACCACUUAUGUUAUUGCCAUCAAGGGUUUCCCUGGAACCCAUGAGUUUCUUCUUCUUGACGAAGGUAAAUGGCAGCAUGUGAAAGAAACCACAGAAAUUUCAGAAGGGAAGAUGUUUUCCCCUGGAAAUCUGAGAGCCACUUUUGACAAUCCCGAUUACGACAAGCUGAUCAACUACUACGUAAAAGAGAAGUACACUUUAAGAUACACCGGUGGAAUGGUGCCCGAUGUUAACCAGAUAAUUGUGAAAGAAAAGGGUGUAUUUACGAAUGUGAUAUCACCAACAACAAAAGCGAAGCUAAGGCUUCUCUUUGAGGUGGCUCCUUUGGGACUAUUGAUCGAGAAUGCAGGAGGUUAUAGCAGUGAUGGGACACAGUCUGUGUUAGAUAAGGUGAUUGUGAAUCUUGAUGAUCGGACUCAAGUAGCUUACGGGUCGCUAAAUGAGAUCAUAAGGUUUGAAGAGACACUAUACGGGUCAUCUAGGCUCAAGUCGGGUGUGCCUGUCGGAGCUUCAGCUUAAAACUCCAUCUUUGUUUUGUAAACAUGUAUUAUUGUUAAGAUCUACCAAUGAAUUUUUCCAAUCAUAUAUAAAUUUAUAUUCAAAUGUCAAAAACUAUAUUCAGAGAACAUUUUCAAA